AUGCCGUCUCUCCGUCGCACCCUCUCGUCGCCCCCGGCGCGUCGUGGCCCCUAUUCGUACCCCACCUCGCUUUCGAGCGGAAACCAAACGCGCGCUGGACCACACCAGCCCCGCAGAUCGUCCGGUUCGGAUGUCGGCAAUCGGCGCGUGCUCGCUGACAUCGACUGGUGGGUCGUUCAAGACGGCCAGCUCGACGUGUACGACGCGUCCACUGGUGGCCGCCCAGCGGCAGAGGCCACGGAAAAUGAUGCAGACCUAGAGUCUGUCACUGAAAGCGUGACUCCCACUGCCCCAACGCCGGGUGAGGGGGUUGACGCAGUCCUCCCUGCUUGGCAGGCGGCGUCGAACAUUGGUGUUCCCGCGUCCGAAGUGUCGGGGCCAACUGUGCCGUACUUCGGGGACAUGGCUAUGGAGGGGAUGAUUGGCGUUGGUUCGCCUCAGUCCCUUUCACCAUUGUCCCAUUUUGCCGACUUGACUCUAGCACCAAGCACGCCGCCGCGUCGGCGGCUCACGCAUUCGGCCGAGUUUUCGGACGACUCCUUCUCCUCGGUGGGCAGCACGCCCGAAUCCACGUCGUUCGCUCUUCUUGCGACGCCGCCACAGCCGAGCAUCGGUCUCAUGGACUUUGACGCGUUCUUCUCGUCGAACACCGCCUUCAUCUCGCCCGCGCGUCGCCCGACCGCUAGCCCUGGUGUGGCCCGCUCCGCCAGCUAUUCGUUCAUCGAGGACGAAGUCUCUGGUGCGCAGCACCGGCGGGAGUCGAUCGUCGAGGACCCUUUCGCAGACGUUGUCACCUGCGCACCCAUGCCUGUUCCGCCUCCGUUCUUUUCGGAGACGCAGCUGGACGUGGACGACUUGUUCUUCUGA